GGGUUUCACGCUCUUAAUCCCAAUGUGUGCAAAAUAUUAUUGCAUAUCCGUUUCGCCAAAGAUGAGCAACUAGGGUUGAUUGGAUCACCAACCAGAAACGUGAAAUGGGUGGACACCGGUG